GUCCGUUGAGACUCACACGAGUCUAGGCUGCUCUGGAUAUUCGUUUGUUUUUCCGUUCCUCUGCAGUUGCUUAGUACAAAUAGUUUGAAAACAACUUAAUCCGUUUCAUUGCAAUAUCAACGUCUUUCACGAGAACUUCAUCAAGUUCAACAUAAACACUCUGAAGAAUAAGUUUGUGAGAUUUGUCCCCAACAUUUUGUGAAAAUCAUAAUAUAAAGCACAAAUCGUCUUAGAGUUUCCGCAAAUUUCGAUCCUUAUUCAAAGAGGAUAUUUGGGGAACAUUAUAGACGUCGUGGGUGACAUUAUUUUUCCAUUUGGUAGGCUUAUUUUCUUGUGUGGGUUAUCAAGUUAAGGACGGUAGCGCGCGAGGGGUGGCUACGGGGCUGGUCUGCAGGGCGGGGGUUGCGAGGCGCGGGGUGCAGUUAUCGACCGACUACCCUCCCCCCGGCGUCGCUCAGUUUCCGGGCGAGAGUCGCGCAGUUCGCCGGCAUCGCGACGUGACUCCGUCACACGUUAGAUAGUCCAUUUGAUCAUCACCAUGCUGAUAGGACUCGUAAGGGACUCGGUGAUGCAGUGCUUCUGCCACUCAUGCCGUGCACCCGUUUUACCAGCAGCUCAUCGGCGGUCGGCGCCGAAGAAACCGGUCGGUAAACCAAGAACUAAGCAGCCGAAGAAGGUCAAAUUCAUCACCACCGAAAUCCGCUGCCAAGAGAUGUCGAAGGGCGGUCUGGCGUACGAGGUGAUACUCGCCGAGCCGGUGGGCGUACCGGUCCCCCGUCGCGCCGACUCACCCGAAAAGACUCCUUCCGUCGAAGAGAUCCAAGAGAAGCUGAAGGCAGCCGAAGAGAGGAGACGUAGCUUGGAAGCUAGUAAGAUGGCCGCCAUUGCUCAGAAGAUGGCCAAGAUCGAGGAGGCGUCCCGCAUCCGCAGCGAGCAGACGAAUAACUUCAUCGUCGCCACCAAGGAGGCUCUCGACGCCAAGAUGGAGACCCACGAGGAAAAACGCGAGGCCUACAUCAACGAGCUGCGCUCCCGUCUCAAGGAUCAUCUUGAGGGUGUUGAGAAGACCAGGUUGACCCUGGAACAGCAGACCGCGGAAGUGUACAAGGCCAUCGAAGAUAAGAUGACCACAGCUGCCGACAAGCGUGACGAGAACCUCAAGAAGAUGAUCGAGCGUCUGCGCGAACAUGAGGAACAAGUUCGCAAGGUCCGCGCCGGUAACCAGGAGAAGUUCCAGCAGCUCGAGAGCGCCAUCCAGGAGAAGCUGCAGCAGGCCGCCGACCGACGUCUGCUCAUUGAAGCUGAGCAGAGAGAGAAACUACGCAACCAUAAUAUUAAACUGGCGGAAGUCCGCUCGGCCGCGACCGCUAAAGUCGAGGAGAUCACUAAAGACAUUGAGAACAAACUGACCACUGCCGAGCUGAACCGGGAAAAGGAAAUACAGAAGAAACUCGAUUUCGUCAAGAAGGAGGAGCGGCGCGCCGAGCUGGUCCGGCAGAACAAGAGCGCCCGCACCGAGACCGCGGCCCCGCCCUCCUCCGGCUAGAGCGCGGCCCUCCGACACACGCCUCUCACGCUCACGUCACAACUGUCAGAUUUGACAUCUGUCACACACGCCCACCAACAUCAACAGUCAGAUUUGACACGUUGACACAGAUGCCGUGAAAAACGCCAUUACGUAUCAAUAGGACGACGCUAAGUGUGAACCGAACGUGAUGCGAGUAAUGUAGCAAGUAAAAGCUUCGCUGAAAUAAAGCUCUUGCGAGUGAUUGGCCUGGCCGCAGACGGCUCGGUAGCACUCCGCGUCGUCGCCGCGUACAUUUCUUAAUAUUUCAAUAUAAAAAUAGUAAUCGCCGCGUGCAUGUCGUAGAGUUGCCGUAUAGCUGGCAACGUCGAUGAUUUAGUUUGAACGUUCGUGAGUCGCCGUGCUCCCUUUGGCUUAAUAUCUUCAUGUAAAACGUGCAAAAUCGCUAAGUAUGCUAAAUAAAGAGUACUAUUUAGUAAUGCUAUUAGGGCAUUCGUUUAUGAAAUACAAUAAAAUAUAUUAUAGUUUGUGCGUCAGUGAUUGAAUGGAUAAUAUUUAUAUAUAAUUAAGAAAUCCUAAAUUCAUAAUUUCAAUACUUAAUUUUGAUUAUUGUGUGGGUGCUUAACUGAAGGGGUUUGGUGUUGUAAGAUUUAAAAAUACAUUAUAUCAAGUUAACUCACCAGAUGUGUGUGACAUCCACUUAUUACCUAUUAUCAGCUUAAAAUCGUGUUUUUAUUUACAAAAAUGGAUUUUGCGUGUAGCAAGGCAACUAUUAACCGCAGUACGGCCUAUUUGUCUUAAAAAUGAUCUCAGAGCCACUUUUAAUAGUUCAAUGCAGAAUAAUUAAAUUUCGAAGUUGAAUAAUGAAGGUCGGUCGUUUUGGGUCGUGUCCGCGCCGGUAGCUGCCAGUGCGUCGUGUAGGAUCGCGUGACAGUCCCUCGGAAACACGGAAAUGGAAAGAUAAGGGAAAAUGAGCAGCUCGGUAGAGAGAGGUAGUCGGGGUGAGCACACCAACUCCGAUCGAUUACUUUGUAUAGUGGAAUAUCAUUACUUUUAAUGUCAUAACGCAACAGUAUUUUAGGAUGAUAAUCUAAAUUUAAGUUUUUUUUCGCAUUAAUAAUAAUCGCCGUAAUGCUAUUGUCCGUUCUCGCAUAGUAUAAUAUAUAUUUAUGAAUAAUGAUUUGGUUUCGUGGUCGUUGCCAGAUGUCUUAAUCGUGUUGGUCGUUGCUUGUGCUCGGUCAUACCAGAAUUCCUCGUUUCAUAACUACCAUAAAACAAUAUUGCGUCUGGCAAUAGUAUUCUACCAUCAAAUGUUGCCAGGAUUUUUAUCAAUUUUACACAACUAUCUGCUUUGAAUUUCAGAUAUUGUAAUUUAAAUCGUUUGGUCAGUUGAAUAGAUAAACUUAGUCGAUUAGUUGACAGCGAAAGUGCCUCCGAACUAUUCGAGAAGUUGCUCUUGGAUGAGAUAUCAGUAAAAUAAAAUAUAACAUAUAAAACUGCCUUUCAUAGCGUUUUAUAUUUUUUUAUUGGUAGUGGAGGUGGGAAGCCGGGCCGCGGAUGUUGCGUGUGCUGGACACAAACCGCUUUCUGUGAUGUUCGCGCACUAGUGUUGCUACUUAUCGAUACCUUGGUCGGGUGCAACACUAAUCGACCUUUAGGAUGGUAUAAUACGCGGGUCGGUCUCCUGUAAGUGAAGGUAUUAUAAUAGUAUAUUUUUGGCAUUGAUUUAGCGGCGGCCAGUAUGAAGUCAGACAUGUAUAUAUGAAGUGACGAUUAAAACGCUGGACGCCAAGAGAGCGGCGGGCGAGCUUGCCAGCUUCUGACUUUGUUACUAACGCUACUGUGUGAGUAAGGGAACUAGUUGUAAGUUAAUAGCUUUUGAUUCUCGGUGAAGAAGUGAAAACCUCUGACCAAUCUGCCUUGGGUAUUGUGUAGCCUAUUAGAUAUCUCACAAUCGUAAUUAAACAUUUAUAGCGUUGCAAAUUAAAAGGCUUUCCGAUUAUUAUUAUUAUUAUACUGUUCAUUUUAUUUGAUUAUUGCGUAUAUUUUAGGUAUGUCCUGUCUUAUAAUUAUGAUGUUAUUAACGUUUAAUUAUUAUUAUUUUUAUAUUUUAUUACGUGAUUAAAUGUGCUUCAAUUUGUGAGGUAAAAUGCUGUUUGAAGUGCAGGCAACUUUUGUAGUUUCAUUGUCGUAUUAAAUAAAGUCAUAAAUACCAAUAAAAA